AUUUAAAUGACUCACUUCAUUUUACACCAUUAAAAUACGUACAAAGAAAGUUUUUACCUCCAAAGAGCCAAUGAAAAAAAAAACUUUUAGCCCUCCUCUUUACCGGGUAAAACUUACCCGCAGUCGUAAAAGUUUUUACCCUCCAAGAGCCAAUUAAAAAAAAAAAAAACUUUUAGCCCUCCUUUUUACCCUCCCCUCCGCUAUAUAAGCAACUCUACACAUCAUAAACAAGAGCAACCAACCCAUCCAUAGGAGCCAACUUAUUUUUAAAAAAAAAUGGCAAUGAAGGAAAAAGUUAACGGCGGUAUGAAAGUUGGAAAUUCGAAAUGUAACGGAGUGAAUAACAACAAAGAUGUUCAUUACAGAGGAGUAAGGAAGAGGCCAUGGGGUCGUUACGCUGCUGAAAUCCGUGAUCCCGGUAAGAAAAGUAGAGUUUGGUUAGGCACCUUUGACACGGCAGAGGAAGCGGCAAAAGCUUAUGAUGCUGCAGCUAGAGAGUUCCGUGGAUGCAAAGCUAAAACAAACUUCCCUUUACCAUCGGAAAAUCAGAAUGGCAGUGAUAGUGGUAGCCCGGAUGAGUCUUUUAGUGGAGAAAAUCGUGCUCACGCGCCGUCUGAGUUUGAACUCACGCGCUGCCUUGGUGCUGGUGGUGAAGGAGUUGGCAAUGGUGGUCGAUUAGCUGAAGUUGGGUUGGUGAGAAAUGGGGAUACAAUUGUUCACGCGCCUACUGAACUCGAUCUCACACGCCUCCUUGGUGCUGGUGGUGAAGGGGGUGACAAUAGUGGCUAUUCAGCUGAAGUUGGUCUGGUAAGAAAUGGGUUUCCGAUUUUUCACCACCAACCGCCCAUUGAAGCUCCGAUGAUGAGCAACCGCAGUAGCCCUGCUGAGUCUUAUAGUGGGGAAACUAUUAUUAACACGCUUCAAGCGCCACCUGAGCUCUACCUCAUGCGCCGUCUUGUUGCCGGUGGUGAUGGUGAUGGCAAUGGUGGCCAUUCAGCUAAAGUUGGGUAUCCAUUUUUCCACCACCAACUGUCCAUGGCAGCUCCUUCAGAGUCCUCUACUGGAGAAACCGUCGUUAACGCGCCUCACGCACCGCCUGAACUCGACCUUACGCGCCGCCUUGGAGCCGUCGUUCAAGGUGCCGGCUAUGUAAGUAAUGGGUUUCCGAUUUUUCAUCAGCAACCAGCUAUGGCGGUUCUGCCAAAUGGACAACCAAUGUUGUUGUUUGAUGGUAAUUUUGUUCGAACCGGAUUACUGAACCGGCCACAACCAUACCAGUUUGAACCGGUGCCGGCUCAACUUAAUAGUGUAACUGACAGAGUAGGUCAUAGUGAAACUGAUUCAUCGUCAGUAGGACUAAGUAGAAGAGAAUUAAAUCUUGAUCUUAACCUAGCUCCACCUAUGGAAGCUUGAUGUUGACUACUAGUACUAAUUUUGUAUAUAUAUGUUCAAAGGACUUCCUGUUUUUAAAAUAGCCAAUCUGGAAGGGUUCUUGUAAUUUCAAAGUUUUAUCUUUUAGAUAAUGUUGAUUAAUGAAAGUUUCGAAUUGUAAUUCUUUCAAAGUAAUUGAUGUUUUCAAAUGGCAAAAUGAUAUUCUGGAUUUCA